UUUUCAUUUCCAGCUCAUCAGCCAUGGAAGACUCCAAACCUGAGAGGUACGCAGUUGUGACAGGAGCUAACAAGGGGGUUGGAUUUGCAGUGUGCAAGCUCUUGGCUUCCAAAGGGAUUGUGGUGGUGUUGACUGCUAGAGACGCGAAGAGAGGACUUGAAGCUAUUGACAAGCUCAAAUUAGAGCAUGGUCUCUCCGAUCAUGUCGUUUUCCACCAGCUUGAUGUCUCUGAUCCUGCCAGUGUUUCAUCUCUCGCUGACUUUAUUAAGCGCAAAUUCAGAAAGCUCGAUAUCCUGGUGAACAACGCCGGUGUUGGCGGAUCCAUUCUCGACGCUGAUGCUUUGAGAGUUUCCGGCAUUGGAAAGAAGCAAGUCGACUGGAGUAAAAUCGCAACAGAGACAUAUGAAUUAACUGAAGAGUGCCUGAACAUUAACUAUUAUGGUGCCAAAAGGAUGGUUGACGCAUUCAUUGGUCUCCUCCAACUAUCAGACUCACCCAGGAUCGUCAAUGUUUCCUCGUCGGCAGGGAGGCUAGAGUAUCUACCGGAGGGCUGGGCCAAAGAAGUGUUCAGUGAUGCCAAGAGCCUCACGGAAGAAAAAAUGGACGAGGUAUUAAAGGAGUUCUUAAAAGAUUUCAAAAAAGGUUCUCUUAAGACCAAAGGUUGGCCUGCUCAACUAUCAGCAUAUGCAGUCUCCAAAGUGGCCUUGAACGCAUACACGAGGAUUAUAGCAGCAAGUUACCCCGCGUUUCAUAUUAAUUGCGUCUGCCCUGGAUUUGUCAUGACGGACAUCAAUUGCAACACUGGCUUCUCGACUCCAGAGGAAGGUGCAGAGGGUCCUGUGAGCCUGGCCUUGUUGCCCAAUGGCGGUCCAUCUGGUCGAUUCUUUCAGGGGACAAAAGAGGCUACAUUCUGAUCGAAGAUGCUCCUUUUCAUAUGAGGGAAUGUAGCAAUUUGAAAUCUAUUGUCCGUGUGUGAGAUUCAAACAUUGGAAUAGCUAAUGAAAGAUUCUGAUAUAUCGUUGGAUAUUUGGACAGCUCUUGUUUGGUGUGAGCAAUAUGAUUUGAGAGCAGCAAUAAAGUACAUGCCUUCCUCAAAAUACUUCAAGAUUAUGCA